GCGCGCGUUACCGUCACCCGUUUGUAAGAAUGAUGACUGUAUUGUAUUAAUCUGUUCUACCACUAUAGUGCGUUCGACAACGCUUACUUAUUCUUCGAUUUCUCAACGGUUUUUCAGUACUGUUCUCUCUUGUUUACAAUUUAGGUGCUUUUAUUAGCCUUGUAAUUUAUUUUCCACGUUAUUUCAUUUAAAAACGAUUUUUAUUAACAAUGGCUGGCGGUAAAGCGGGAAAAGAUUCCGGUAAAUCCAAGGCUAAAGCAGUAUCCAGAUCCGCUCGAGCAGGUUUACAGUUCCCUGUUGGAAGAAUUCAUCGUCACUUAAAAAAUCGUACUACUAGUCACGGCCGUGUUGGAGCUACUGCUGCUGUUUACAGUGCUGCCAUAUUAGAAUAUUUGACCGCUGAGGUACUUGAAUUGGCUGGUAAUGCUUCUAAAGAUUUAAAAGUAAAACGUAUCACACCCCGUCAUUUACAGCUUGCUAUCAGAGGAGAUGAAGAAUUAGAUACCCUGAUCAGGGCAACAAUUGCUGGAGGAGGUGUUAUUCCACACAUUCAUAAAUCCCUUAUUGGUAAAAAGGGAUCACAAAAACCUCAAUAAUGUUAAUUCAAUACCCAAGACUAUUAAAUGUAAUAAUUGAUAUUUGUAAGCUAAUUAAAUUAACUUGGUUUUCUUAGAAUGAUAACUAUAUCUUUGCUUGGUGCAAAAUUGUAAUUAUACAAAAAAUUUUAAAAAAAAUUCUAUUUACUACUUUUUGUGAGUGUUUCAAAGUAUGACAAUGGUAUGAUUUUAUUUUAUUAAACAAAAUAAAACUAGACUAUUUUUUUUUAAUUAUAAUUAUUUUUCAUCAAUAUUGUAUUAAUUUAAUAUUGUCAUAAAUUGCAUAAAAAAUUUAAGUUGUACAAUUUUUUUGUUGUAUUAUUCACUUGAAAUAUAAAAUGUAUGCAUUUUUAUAUAUAUAAGUAUAAAAACAAAUUUAUUUGUAUAAA